AUGGCAGCGUUUGUGCGAACAUUCGCUAGCGACGGGGAGGCAUCUUCGGCUUUUACUCAAGUAACCAAGAAAGGCAAGUGUAUACGACUGCUAUUUUUAAAUGUUAAACUUCUUACAUGAUCCGAUUCCCAUUACACUUUCUAACGUGUUUACUCUCGUUACAGAUAAGAAGCGUCGCUACCACGUCACCGACGACGAACAAUCCCUAGUCCUAAAAGCCUACGAAGAACUAAAUGGAGAUUGGGAAAAAAUGGUCGAGUACAUGAAAGACAACGUGAUGAGGAUACCUGGCGACUAUAUGAAAAAGUUCAAAACGAACGAGUACUACCAAGGAGCGUCGGAAAAGGCAGCCAAGAAACGACUUCGCAGGAUUGUAACGGAAAAUGUUAAGAAAGUUGCCACCGGUACACCCGUCAAUCCUCCUUUGCCCCAGGUCACCUCGUCCAGUACUGCCACUUUGUCUAGCACUGCCACCUUGUCUGGUACCGCCACCCGCUCUUCCACCUCUGUGGCCCCUGCAGAACCAGCAUCGCCUACCACUGCCAUGGCAACCGUGAUUAAAGAUAGAAGGGAACGUUCCUCCAAAAAGAUAACCCCUGAGGAGCGCAGAGUUAGUGCAAAGUUUAGUUAUGUAAACGACGAUAGCAUUACCGACAGCGGAGAUGAAGAGGUUCUCUCGUCGAGGUCAAGGACAAACCUAAGCAGAACAAACGUAAGAAGAAAGGGAAUGGAAAAGAGAAGGCUGCGAAGAAAGCGCAGAAAAGGCACACCGAGAUGUGCGAUAGAGCAAUGCAGAUGA